AUGGCACGACCUGCUAUAGCACGCCCCAGAGACAGUAGCGCGGCUGCAGUCGCGUAUACUCCUCUAGCGGCGCCCGAGAACGCUCCCAGCCAGAUUCAAGAUGAACCGGAAGUCGCGAAAAAGGAAAGGUCUCUGUGGGCCCGGCUGGGGACCUACCACAUCCUUAUUUUGGGUCUCGGUUCGAUCGUGCUCAUCAUAGCGGUUAUACCGCUAGCCUGGCUUUGGACCGAGUCUAUGGCAACAGCCACAGGACGAGAGCCAAGUAGCGCUUGGUUUGUGGUUAUUGAAGCAAACUGGACCACGCGGAUCGUCACCAUCUGCACUGCCAUUCUACGAGCGGUGGUCACAGCCCAGGCUAGCGUGGCGACCGCGAUGUUUGGAGGAGUUAUUCUGGAGCGCGUCGGCGCUCCACUGCUGGACGGGCCAUUCUAUUCGACCGUGCGGGCUCUAAGUGGGAGCCCGAUUAGCUUGCUGUGGACUCCGAGUCUACCGUUACGCAAAACCGCCCUCUCGAUCCUCGUCGUUAUCCUCAUUGUCCUUGAAGUCUUGGUAACCAUAGCGGCGCAAUUCCUCUCCACCCUUCUCGUGGCCGACUUCGGAAAUGGCGCAUUUACCCAAGCCAACAACGUGACGAAUAUCCGACUCCUAAAUGAUACCCAAAGUACGCCCCUUGGUGCGUGGUGGGCGAUGCCUCCGGUGGCCGGUUGGACGUUUGCCGAACAAUCAGAACCGCCUACAUCUGGGUCUAAGUACGACGAUACAGGCCACACGUACCACGCCUUCCUACCCUAUCUGGAGGCGACGCAGCGGAAAUCACUACGCCGUUUCCGGGGUCCAGUCCCUAUCGUCGAUCAUCGGGUUGUCUGUGUACAACCUGUACUACGUGACCUUCACCUCUUGGCGUACUACGAUGCUUACUCGCGUCUUACCGGAAAGAUCAAUAUCGCUAACGACACGUAUCCGAUGCUAAAGGGCACGGAGAGUCAGUACGACCUCCCGUUUACGUGCGCCUUGCCUAACUCGAAGUCGACAACUACCCCGGAGCAAAGAGCAACGAGCUUAUGUUGGCCGAAUGCUAACAUAGAGUGGGAGGUCUUGCUGGAAGACCCUAUAGUGACACCCGAAUCUGUCAGCACUAGGGGGUACUUGAAGCCCGGCUAUCCGCAGGCAUCCACGAUGUUUAUGCUUUUAGACCUCGUCUCCUUUCCGACUGUCCCCCUCGCAUCCACAGAGGAGGCCCGCGUCGUCGGAAAUAACGACACUGAUAGUCCCUGGGUGAUGGUCGGAAACGGGACUGAUGUUCCUACGGUGCGGGUGACAGCCUGCUCGACAAAUCUCGGAGUGGAUACUUUCACCGCGGAAAUACACAACAACUGGGAGGCGUCUGAGCCCACCAUGUCCUGGAACCAAUCCACGUUGAGCUACAGUACCGAAAGUACACGUACCCAGCUGGGUGCAGUCCGACCUCGACAGCCACUAAACGACCGAGGCGUGCUCGCUCUCGCCCCCCGCUCGGAUUGGCAAACCUCCUUCUCCUAUGAGGAGAUUUCCGCAUCCUACUAUGCAGGGAACUUCUCCAGUCCAAAUAUCACCUCCUCCAUGUUUCGCGCUGCCAAUGCCUGGACCUUCACGGCAGCCUUCGCUGACAGCAUAGGAAUCCCGCAAAACAGCUUCACGGAUAGGAUGGGUUCCGCAAACCCGGGCAUGAUACUAUCUUGGCUCGCGGGCAGUGAUAUAUCUAGCGCGCACCAGUCUUAUGUCAGGUUGUUCCAGGACACGCUGAAGCAGACGCAAAGCCCCGCGGUGGCCCUCCAGGCGCUCCUUACGCUUUUCUGCCAGAUAGUCUAUUACGAAAAGCUGCCACGACUUGGUGCAACAGAGACUGCUGAGACUGCCUUCUUGCAUGCGGCAGUGAUUCCGACUCGAUGGACUGGAUUUGGGGUAGGGAUGGGGUUGUUAUUUACUCACUGGGUGGUGAUGGCCAUUGUCGUGGGGCUGUUUGCUCGAUACACGCGCCACUCCUUGUUAGGGAAUCACUGGCAGGCGGUUUCACAGGUGUACUCGAAGGACACAGUGCCGGUUCUGGAGAUGGCAGGUCAGAUGAAUGAUGAGGAGGUCGAGCGUUGGGUCAAGCACGAAGAGCGUGGAGGGGAGCUAUACAGUGUUGCGCUUGAUGAAGGGGAGAGGCGGGUGGCGCUGUCAGUCAAGCGUUCGGAUUAA